AACAGCUUGCAUAUACACAAUGCAAUUUAAUGCAGGAAGAUAUUGGUUUCAAGUGAAUGAAGUAUUCUGCUGAUGAGAUUUGCAUGUUGUGGAUAUUUCUCUCCAUUAUGUGGUAUUUAAAGUAAGAUCUGUUCAUUUUAUGGAGAUAUAGAACAGCACUGAGAUGGUUGCUUUGGUUUAGGAAGCAGAAGCUCAUCAUGGGAAAGACAGAAGAAGCAGCUGCAAGAGUCCAUGUGGAAAGAGAUAAGCUUGAAGCACAGUACAAACAAUAUAAAACAUUGAUAAAUGAAUUGUCACAGCAUUACCAGACAGCAAAAUGUGGUGCCUUUCUGGACAGAUACGAAAAACUAAAGGACAUGAUUAAAGCCUGCUAUGAAGGUUUUGAAAAGGUGAAACAAGAAAAUAUCCGAGCUGCCACCAGGAGUGGGGGUUUAAUGGGAGCAGCCAUGGCACUAGCUGAAACAGAACGCCAAGUGGAAGAGAGAGAAAUACUGAUUUUAAAAUACAAAGAAAACUCCAAAGAAGAGGUACGAGCACUCACUGAAAAAAUGGAAUCUCAAGUUAAGGAUUAUCGAAAGAAAGUAUUGCAUAUUAAGAAGCUGAUUGAAACCAUGCAUGAGAACUAUGAGGCAUCCAAGAGCCAGUUUCCUAAGCAGAGAUACGAGACCAUGAAAAACAUAGCUAAAAGUGUGUUCAGUGAUCCAAAUAUUUGACAGAAGUACCAAAUUUGCAUUUCUUUGUCAGAAGGGAUCUGUUUUAUAUAAUAUGUCAACACAAAAACAAGCAAAAAAUGUCAAUGUAUAAAUAUGUAUAUAUAUAUAUUUAUGUACAACAACCUUUCUUUCAGAUGAAUGUUGUCCUGAAGCUUUCCAUUCAACUAACAAUUUUGAGAGGAUAUCAAUUAUUAAGAUGUCAACCAUCUCUCAAGAUCAUUAGGUGAUAGUGUUUAAUGUGAUCGCUUUUAGAAGGAGGUCUGUCACAAAUUGUUUUUCUCUCAAUUGUGAUGUAGACUUCACUCAAACUGAAUACAAAAUGUACAUUUUUUUUAUUCAUGCUGACAUGUGAAUUAAGGCACUGGUAUGUAUGAAGGACAAAUUAAGGAUAUGCAGUAUAAAAGGUCAAGUUUGAAGUGGCAACUUUCAAUUUUCCAGUUGAUAUAAAAGGAAAUAAUGAAAAAAA